AUGAGUUCCAAGUCAAAAUCCAUAGGGAUCAUCGGAGCUCCUUUCUCCAAGGGACAGCCACGAGGUGGAGUGGAAGAAGGCCCUACAGUAUUGAGAAAGGCUGGCCUGCUCGAGAAACUUAAAGAACAAGUUUGGCAGAAUUUUUUAAUUACAGAGUGUGAUGUAAAAGAUUAUGGGGACCUGCCCUUUGCUGAUGUCCCUAAUGACAGCCCCUUUCAAAUCGUGAAGAAUCCACGGACUGUGGGAAAGGCGAACGAGCAGCUGGCUGGUGUGGUGGCAGAAGUGAAGAGGAAUGGAAGGACCAGCCUGGUACUGGGUGGAGACCACAGUUUGGCGAUUGGAAGCAUCUCUGGCCAUGCCAAAGUCCACCCAGAUCUCUGUGUCAUUUGGGUGGAUGCUCACACCGAUAUCAACACUCCACUGACAACCACAAGUGGGAACUUGCAUGGACAACCUGUGUCUUUCCUCCUGAAGGAACUGAAGGGAAAGAUUCCUGAUGUACCAGGAUUCUCCUGGGUGACUCCCUGCAUAUCUGCCAAAGAUAUUGUGUACAUUGGCCUGAGAGACGUGGACCCUGGGGAACACUACAUUUUGAAAACUCUGGGUAUUAAAUACUUUUCAAUGACUCAAGUGGAUAAACUGGGAAUUGGCAAGGUGAUGGAAGAAGCACUCAGCUAUCUACUAGGAAGAAAGAAAAGGCCAAUUCAUCUGAGCUUCGAUGUUGAUGGACUGGACCCAUCUUUCACACCAGCUACUGGCACACCAGUCCUCGGAGGUCUGUCUUACAGAGAAGGUCUCUACAUUACAGAAGAAAUUUACAAAACAGGGCUACUGUCAGGAUUAGAUAUAAUGGAAGUGAACCCAUCUCUGGGGAAGACAGCAGAAGAAGUAACUCGAACAGUCAACACUGCAGUAGCGAUAAUCCUGGCUUGUUUUGGAGCUGCUAGAGAGGGUAAUCACAAGCCUAUGGACUACCUUAACCCACCUAAGUAAAUGUGGAAACAUUACAUAAAAAUUUCACAGCUAAUGACAUAAUUAGCAAAUUUAAUAAUUUACUUAAACUUAGACAGUUAUCCUCUUAAAGAUUACGUGUUUCGGAAAAAUGUUUUGCCUUAGUAAAUAUUAGUGCAAUUAACAUAAACUGUAUCAAUUCCCUUUUGGUGUGAAACUCAAGAUUUGGAAAUUUAAAUUUUUUGUAAAAUUAAAAGGCUUAUAUUUCCCACUUCGGUAGAAGACUUAUCUUUAGAGAGAGACGUAUACAUUAAUUCCCAAAUAAAAAUUUGCUGGCAGUAAAAAUUAUAUAAACUCCCACACAUAGAGUGGUAUUCCUGAUAUCAAGAGAUAAAACUACCCCACUUGAAAAGGGACCAUACUUCCAUGUUGUUCAAAAGAUGUGAUUUUUAUAAUAAACUCUUUAUAAUAA